AAACCACUUGAGUAUGAUUCAUAUGAAAACAAUCACAAUAUGUAGCUUUUCAUCUCUUUCAAAAUUAGAGUUGUCUGAAUAUUUCAUUACUCGUUAUACAUUUUUUUUCGCGGGAAUUAAUUCAUAUCUAGCUAAAUUAAUAAAACGUUGAAUAAAUACACUUGUGCUACGUAAGUUUUAAUUAGUUUAUUGAACAAAAUGGAGCCUGGAUUUGCUCUAGCUGUUUAUAUAUUGGUGUCUUCAUUGACCAACUUCAAUACCAAUACCACAAGUGGAAGGAACCACGAUAGAAGUGCUAUACAGGGAGGUAAUUCUAUUCUAGACACCAAGAGAGACCAGGAUCCAAAAUGGCAGCUAGUUCUUCUGGUUGCGGGUGUUGUCUCGCUAGCGUUGAUACUCACGUUCUGCAACAUCAGUUUCGUGUGUCUUUCAAUGAGAAAUAAACUCCCUGCUGUUUUCAAUCGGCAUGACGUCAGAAGUUAUGUCGUAGCCGCCGUGUACUCUAACCUACGACCCAGUGACUAUACCAACCUCUACAACUACCAACGUCCGGGGAGUGACGUCGUACGGGGAAACAGCUACGUAGAAUUGACUGAUUACGUCACCAGCACCACAGGGUUAUAUGCCUCGCCAAUUAAACAUGGAAAGAAAGAAACACCUUCGUACUUGGAGAUUAUCUAAAAGAGGCUGAGAAAUCGGUGCUUCAAGCUUCUUAUGUUUUUAAACAGAUUAUCUCCCUUGCUAACAGAUGUUGAAUAAAUGUGUUGUUUUUAUGGUUUUGGGUUGUUUAGAUUCAUCAUUACAAUAUUGAAUAUCAUGUGACUUUCCUUUAGUUAAACUUUAAACGACCACACUAUUUAUUUUUCUUUUUGUUGCUGCUACAGUUUCUUUGAUCUAUUGUGCUGCUAUUAGCGUGUUUUUUUUUUUCAAAUAUUUUUUUGUCAAU